AUGACAGAUGUGGUGUGUGGCGGUGAUCUGGCGGUGUUAGCGGCGGGUGGUAGCGGCGGAGGCGGAAGCUGGCGGUGUCUACGAUUCUCCGUUACCUGUAGCCAAGUGUUACCCGAAAAUACAUUACGUUUUCUAAGUACGGGGCAGGUCCUCAAGGAGGUUCCAGUACCUAACAAAGUCUUCAAGACCGAGGUGAUUCCUACGGUCAGGUACCUAACGCACGUGGAGAAGAUCUACAAGGACAUCUAUCUGACCAAGUACCUGCCCAAGUACGUGACCAGCACGGUCUUCCUGCCCCAGGUCAAGGUCCUCACGGACUACAAGAUCGACUACGCCACGGACUACAAGCCGGUGUACGUCACCAAAAACGAGAUUAUCCCCAAGUACGUCACUCAGACGUACGUGGAUAGCGUCAUCAAGAACCAGAUCGUCUACGAGACGGUCUACGAGACCAAGGUGGUGCCCCAGUACAUCACUACCUACGAAGUUAUCUACCAAACUCUCUACAAGACCAACUUCAUACCUCAAUUACAGACUGUCUACGACACUAAGUACGUCGAAAAGACCAUUUGUCCUAAAUUGGGCUACUAAUACCACCUCUGACGUAGUUGAUGUCUACAUGUCUACGUCAGUGAGGUCUGGAGGGGACUAUUAAUGUAGAAAAUCGUCUAACUAUUGCAAUUGAAGAGAAUUUUCGGGGCAACGAUAGUACUGCUCUACUGCACGAGAGUUCUUCCCAGCACAACACUGCGUGCCAGAGGUGCGAUAAUUAUUUUGUACCAUAACAUGAUUCUAGAGUACAAUAGUUCUGGUACAUCGGCCAAACUGCACCAGGGUACAAUAUUUCUUGUAUGGCAAUGCUUGAGUACUAUAGUUCUUGUACAACAAGAGUACAUAUGAGUACAAUAGCAUGUUGUAUAAACUUUGUCUUGUUAUUCUGGCAACAAUUCCACUGCGGGUUGCCAAAAAUACGAUAAUAUUAUUAAAAAAAUCCACUCAAAAUUGAAUUUUUAUAAUAUAUGGAAACUCCCUGCACUAUAACAAUGCUGUACUGUAAUUCUAUACAUAAUCCCGAGCAAGAAUUUAGCUAUAACAGCCUAAUUACUUUAAAUUUAUAGCCAAGAAUCUACCAAUAUAGAUUUCUUGCCAUAUGAAGGUCACUGUUUUUUUCUGUAAAACCACAUAUUUGUACUUAAAAUUAAA